AUGAUAACGAGAAGAGGACAAUUGAAAGCGUCGAUAACAAGAUUUUCAAAUUAUCUACAAUCGCAAAGUGUUGAUUCGACUGAGGUAAAAGCGCGGCGUGAAAAAAUAGAAGAGUCAUGGGCAGAAUAUGAACAGGUUCAAGCGGCCAUAGAAAUGGAAGAGGGGAUCAGUCUCGAUGUACAAAACAAGUAUAGAAUGGAAUUUGAAGACUUAUACUUUAAAACUAUUGCUGCAGCAGAGAAAAUCAUGAUAGCAGCAGGCUCAACUGUAUCUCAAGACGAGAGUAGAAAUAAAAAUUCGGACAUCGAUAUACCUAAUGCGUGUAUGAAUAAAGCAUUGUUGACGGUAAAGUUGUCGUCGUUGAGCGUACCGGAAUUUACCGGUAAUUAUCAAGAAUGGGCAUCGUUUUACGAUAUAUUUUCGGCACUAAUAGAUAACAAUGUGUCGUUAACGGCGAUAGAAAAGUUCUUUUAUUUACGCGAAUCGUUAUCAGGUGAGGCAUUGAGUUCGAUAAAAUGUUUGGAAACAACAUCUAAUAAUUAUACCGUAGCAUGGCAAUCGUUAAUCACGCGGUACAAUAAUGAAAGGGUGUUGGUUCAAGCACAUGUAAAAGCGAUUUAUGAUCUCGAAACGGUGGGCGGCGACUCGGCGAAAAAAUUAAGACAGUUUACAGAUGCACUAAAUGGACAUAUGCGUGCGUUAGAGGCGCUGGGUCAAAAACCCACAAAUUGGGGACCACUACUAAUACAUGUAAUAUUAAUUAAAUUAGAUAAGACUACAUUAAAAGAGUGGGAAUCGAGAGCGCACGGUACUGAAGUGCCAAAAUUAUUAGAAUUAAUUAAAUUUUUAGAGUCAAGGUAUAAAAUUUUGGAAUCAAUUGAAGCCGUGAAAAAUAUAAAUAUUAAAGGUAGCACAAUUACGACAUCAAACGAAAAAAAAUAUAUCGAAAAAAGAGGAACGUCACAAUUAUUCGCGUCGACGUCAAAUUUAGAAUGCUACGUUUGUAAAUCGGCACAUACGAUUUAUAAAUGUCCUAAAUUUUAUAGUUUGACCGUACCAGAGCGAAUAAAACGCGUAACAGAGUUGAAGUUAUGUAAAAUUUGUUUACGCCAACACGAGAGUAAAAAAUGCAAUGCAAAAUUCUGUUUUAAAUGCGCUAAAGCGCAUAACACGCUAUUGCACCUGUCAGGAGGGAGAAAUACAGUAAUCGAAGAUAAUACAACAGUUCAGUCAACAGUCGCAAAUGUAUCGACAAGUGAAGUAAUUGAAGCAUCAACAUCGUUAAGCGCGCAUACAUCGGUUAUACAGGACGACAAGGUAUUACUGUCGACGGCAAUGGUAUCAUUGCGCAGCGAAUCAGGGCAAUGGGUCCCGGGACGCGUACUUUUAGAUUCUGGUUCCCAAAGUAAUUUGAUAACAGAGCAAAUGGUACAGCUUUUAAAGUUAAAAAAGAGGCAUGUGAAGCAUGAUUUAUGCGGAAUAGGUGGUAGCACACAAAAGGCAUCGUCGGCGGUGGUUGCAACAAUGGCGGCCGAAGACAGAAAAUUUACAUUAACAGCCACGUGUUUG